CCCCAGAAGCAGGAAGUCAUCGGCAGAUUGAAUCAGAUGCAGUGAUCUCGUGUUAAAAGUUCUGCGUCUUUCUGUCCCAGUAGAUAUGGUUAAAUAUAAUUAUAUCUUCAAGAUACCAGAAGAUACGUAGGUUUGUAAGAAGUUAAUAGUUAAAGAAAAGUUUCUAUAAAUUCUAGGAGAAAACAGUCUUCUAGGAGCAGAACGAAGUAGAGAUUCAGUAAGCAACGAGUGCCCAAUAAAUAUAAACAGAUUUAUCAAGUAUUAGGUUGUUUUCAUUCAAUUAAUCUUAAGCAAUGACCCUGGCUUUGCCACAGAAGAAGUACUAUCGGCAGCGUGCCCAUUCAAAUCCUAUAGCGGAUCACUGCUUGGAAUAUCCAAUAAAACCAGAAAUGAUGGAUUGGAGUUCAUUAUAUCCAGAGCAUUUUGACGGAAGUAAUGAAUGUACGCAUAAACCGAAAAAAAUGAUCGAGUUUGCAGACAUUGGUUGUGGUUAUGGUGGCUUGCUGGUUACAUUAUCAACAAUGUUCCCUGAUAACUUAAUUGUUGGCAUGGAGAUCAGAGUAAAAGUAUCAGACUAUGUCACAGAUCGUAUUACCGCUUUGCGUUCACAGCAUCCUGGUCAAUAUCAAAAUAUUGCUUGCCUUAGAACGAAUGCAAUGAAGCACUUACCAAACUAUUUUCAUAAAGGACAGCUGAAAAAAAUGUUCUUCCUAUAUCCAGAUCCACACUUCAAAAAAGCAAAGCACAAAUGGCGCAUUAUUAAUCAGCAAUUACUAGCAGAAUAUGCCUAUGUGCUCGCUGAAGGGGCAGUCGUCUACACAAUAACGGACGUUCAGGAUCUUCAUGAGUGGAUGGUUCAACAUUUUGAUGAGCAUCCGCUGUUUGGAAGAGUUUCCAAUUAUGAGCUGUCUCUCGAUCCCAUCACAGAGAAAUUGUACGAGAGUACUGAAGAAGGUCAAAAAGUAACAAGAAAUAAGGGUAACAAAUUCCUAGCUGUUUUUCGACGAAUUCCUGACCCAUACUUGCAAGGAUCGAGCUAGUAUCUUGAAAAUAAAUUUAAAAAUGCUCAUUAACUUAUCUAUUUUAAAUAAAAAAGUUCUAACUCUUCCAUUAUGUGACAAUUAAUGGAAAGUAUGUCCAAAAGUCACAGAAGUUUUCGUAUCGGCUUUUUCAAUGGAUACUUCUUCAGAAUCCUGCGUUGAUAACAUUUGUUCAUCUAUGGUACAAUGAAAAUUAUGACAUGUAUGUACAGUGUACAGUGCAAACAAAAUUAAUACAGUUGUUUAAAAAGGAA